AUGGCGAAGAGGGGUAAAUCCGUGGCGAGGACGCUGGAGGAUCUCACGCUCGACUCGGGCUACGGCGGAGCCGCCGACUCGUUCAGGUCGUCCAACUUGUCCCUGUGCUGCUCCGAGGCGCACGCGCCCCACGCGCACGGCUGCGGCGGCGACUGCUGCUGGCACGUGACCGGCGGCGCGCGCGGCAGCCUGGAGGACGGGGCGCGCGGCGAGCUGGCCGUCGCCGACGACGUCGCCGCAGAGACGCUGGAGUGCUGCGGCCACUGCGCGCGGCUUCCCGAGCUCGAGGACGUGCCCUGGAGCCUGGGCGACGUGGAGCGCGCGCUGCGGCGCGACGAGGCGUUUAGGCAAGCGAGCGCGAGCGCGCCCCCGGCGCUCCUCGCCAGACUCUCGGCGCUCGUCAGCCGCGCACUGGCGCGGAUCGCGCGGGAGGCGCGCCGCCUGAGCGCGCGCUACGCCAAAUGCACGCGCUACGAGGUGCAGAGCGCGGCGCGCAUCGUGCUUUCGUGGACGCUGUCGGCCAAAUGCGCAGCGGCGGCGCUCGGCGCGCUCUCGCUCUACAGCAUGAGUACGGAGGACGGUUACAGCCGCGGCAAGUCGGAGCGCUGCGGGCUCGCGCUGUCUGUGGGUCACUUUUUCCGCUGGAUGGUGGAGAGCGGCGUGGCCGUGAGGGUGCACGAGCACGCGGCCAUCUACCUGACCGCGUGCAUUGAGAGGCUCUUCUGCGAGGUGUUUGGCCGCGCGCUCCGAGACGUGGAGCAGGACAACGGGGUGCCCGCAUUUACGCUGGAGGCCUUCGAGCAGGCCAUUAACAAUGACUCGGAGUUAUACGGGCUGCUUCAGCCGUACCAGCACCUCAUAUGUGGGAAAAACGCCAGCGGGAUCCUCAGUCUGCCAGACUGUUUGAGCCUGCAUAGAGAGCAGCAGCGGUCAGGGAAGGCGGGUGAUGGUCAAGCCUACAGUCAGGCCGAGCUGCGCACAAUAGAGCAGUGUCUGCUGGCCACGCGUGUGGGAAGCAUCGCUGAGCUCAGUGACCUGGUGUCUAGAGCUAUGCAUCACCUGCAGCCACUGAGCGUAAAGAACCACAGUAACAGCACACCUGUGCACCAGAAGAGCGGCCUGACCCACUGGGAGCCUGAAGCCCUUUACACUCUCUGCUACUUCAUGCACUGCCCUCAGAUGGAGUGGGAGAACCCCAAUAUAGAACCCUCCAAAAUAACCCUUCAUACAGAAAGGUCAUUUAUGGUACUGCCUCCACUCAUGGAGUGGAUCCGAGUUGCUGUGGCCCAUGCUGAGCACCGCCGGAGCUUUUCAGUGGACAGUGAUGAUGUCAGGCAGGCAGCCAGACUCUUACUGCCUGGCGUGGACUGUGAACCUCGGCAGCUAAAGACGGACGAUUGUUUUUGUGUCUCGCGCAAGCUGGAUGCUGCCUCCACUGAGGCGAAGUUCCUGCAGGACCUGGGCUUCCGCAUGCUUAACUGUGGCCGCACAGACCUGGUCAAACAGGCCAUCAAUCUGCUGGGACCUGACGGCAUCAACAGCAGGAGUGAACAGGGUAUGACCCCACUUAUGUAUGCUUGUGCACGAGGGGAUGAAGCCAUGGUUCAGAUGCUACUGGACGCUGGAGCCGACAUCAACAGUGAGGUGCCCAACACAGUGCACCAGCACCCCUCAAUCUACCCCGAGACCCGGCAGGCCACAGCACUCACCUUCGCCGUGCUCCACCAACACAUCCCUGUGCUGCAGUUGUUGCUGGAUGCCAGAGCGAAUGUAGAGGGCUCCCUGCAGGACGGUAUGGAGAACUACACAGAGACUCCUCUGCAGUUAGCUGCUGCUGCAGGGAACUCUGAGCUGGUCAGUCUGCUGCUGGAGAGAGGAGCUGACCCUAUGGUGGGAACCAUGUACCGCAACGGCAUCUCCACAACUCCACACGGUGAGAUGAACUCCUUCGGCCUGGCUGCGGCACAUGGGCACAGGAACGUGUUUCACCAGCUGCUAACUCAGUCUGAGAAGGGAAAGGGGGAUGUCUUGUCUCUGGAGGAGAUACUGGCUGAGGGCUCAGAUGUGGGAGAGAGAAGUUCUCUGCAGAUGGAGGCUUCCCGCACUGGGAAGGCCAAACUCAAAGCCUUGAGAGAGGCUAUGUACCACAGCUCAGAACAUGGAUAUGUGGACAUCACACUGGACGUACGCAGCCUAGGAGUGCCUUGGUCGCUGCACACCUGGCUGGAGUCUUUGCGGACAUGUUUCCUGCAGCACAGGCGACCGCUAAUCCAGGGCCUGCUGAAGGAGUUCAGCUGCAUCGACGAGGAGGAGUACACGGAGGAGCUCAUCACACAUGGCCUGCCCCUCAUGUUCCAGAUCCUUCGAGCCAGCAAGAAUGAGGUGAUCAGUCAGCAGUUGGCUGUGAUCUUCACUCAGUGCUAUGGACCUUACCCCAUUCCUAAACUGACAGAGAUCAAGAAGAAACAAACCUCCAGGCUGGAUCCCCAUUUCCUGAACAACAAGGAGAUGUCAGAUGUGACCUUCUUGGUGGAGGGAAAACCAUUCUAUGCUCAUAAAGUUCUGCUCUUCACUGCCUCCAGCAGGUUUAAAUCCCUACUAGCAAACAGACCUCCAACAGAGAACACCUGCAUUGAAAUCAGCAAUGUGAAAUAUAAUGUAUUUCAGCUGGUGAUGCAGUACCUGUACUAUGGUGGAACAGAUUCUCUACACAUUAGGAACACAGAGAUUAUGGAUCUCUUGUCUGCUGCUAAGUUCUUCCAACUGGAGGCACUACAGAGGCACUGCGAGAUCAUCUGUUCCAAGAACAUCAACACUGAAACCUGUGUGGAGAUCUACAACCAUGCUAAAUUUCUAGAGGCGCCUGAACUCUCAUCCUACAUUGAAGGCUACUUCCUGAAGAACAUGGUCGUGCUGAUCGAGUUGGAGCCAUUCAAGCAGCUGCUGUAUGACACUCCGGUGGACAGCAUGGGCAGUGACGUCCUACAGGACCUGGAGAAGACUCUGGCCACACGCAUUCACUCCAUUCACUUGUCCUCUUCCAAGGGAUCCAUCGUUUGAGACUGUCAUGUAGCUGCUCAUGGCCCAGAGUACACAUUUUGUCCAGUGCUAAUGUGCACAGGCUUAAUGUGCACUCCAUCCAGUAGCAUAGCAGUACUUGCUAAGUGCACUUCAUCUAAGAGAGCAGCUGUGUUAGGCCUUUUCAAAGGGAGCAUUUUAAUGGGAGGUUUCAUAUGUGUGAUGCAAGACAGCCAUAAAGAAGACAGCAUCAUUGAUUUUUUUGCCAUUGUUUAUUUCAGAUCUGCUCACAAUAAAUAAUGCCUCUGUGACAGCAUAUGCCACAUACAGUACAUUUACAAAUGAUGUCAGAUUAUAUUAAAUACAAAAGGCUGAGCUGAGUGCUGUAGAAAAAUAUUUAAUGUAUAAUGGAAAUAAUUGUUUAGGCAUUAGUUUUUCUUACAAGAAGCAGCUGUUUGCAGCAAGAGUGGCCUCAGUGGUCGUCCAAAAUGUGUCACACAAUGGAAAAAAAUAAUGCACUAAAUUUACUUAAUUUAAAUGUGUAUAUCAUUUCCACAUUAAUAAAAUAUAUUCCAUCUACAUAAUUAUUGCCAAAAGUAAGCUGUCUAUGAAGACCUCCUUACUUCAUUAGUUCAGUUUUUUUUUUAGAUUGCAUUGUGUGAACAUGCAAAUACGCCUAGCAGAGGCAAAUCGUAGAAAUCAAAAGAUUUCUUAGAAUAAUAGGUUAUUGCAUUAACUUCCAUUACACAUCACCAUGACUGUUUUCCUUGUAAACUGAUCCUUCUGGUUUUGUUACCACAACAACAUUUCUUAAUGUGGAAAUGAUGAACACAUUUAAAUCAGGUAAACUGAAUUCAUCACUUUUUUCAGGGCAGUCUGAGUUCUGCCCAAUGCAAGGAUGCACGCAAACACUGUAAUACCAAAUUAAGUUUUAACAGGUUGUCCAGUUCUAGUAGAUUCAGGUAUGAUGAGAAAAAAAAAACAGCUUCUCACGCUGGACAGUCUAUUGCAGAUGUUCCAUGUCCUGCCUGGCUCACACGCUUGCUUACAAUCAGCUCAUAGGUUGUAAAAGUGACACUGAUACUGCCUUUAUCAUCACACACUGUAGAGCAGGAAAGAAAAAUAUUAUAUAUGGCCACAUGUAAAUAUGCAGUGUAAAUCUCUGAUAUGGAGAGCUGUCUCCACCUGUAAGUAUAUGUACAUAACAGAUCUUCAUUUUACGGCCCCACUCACAGUGUAUGUAAAGUGUUCUUUAAAUCAGCUAACAGUUGUAAAUGUGCAGAUGCAUGUAGCUAUUUUUAUGUUUGUUUUUUAAUUUCUAUAAAACUUUUAUGUGCACUGAAAAAGUAAUGCAUUAAAUUGACUUGAGUCAAACGUUGACAUCAUUAACACAUGAAUAAAAUACAGCGUAUAUCUGGAAGUUUGUAGACACCCAGUCUAAUUCAUUAUUAUUAGCUACGCAUGAGCCAUGGCCAAUUCUAAGGGUCAGUUAGAGAGGUAUAAAGAGUUGGACUGUAGAGCUGUGGAACCAUGUUCUGCACCAUCCAAUACCUUUGGGAUGAGUUGGAGUAGCAUUAGUGAUUCAGAACUAAUAAUUCAACAUCAGUACCUGACCUCAGUAAAGCUCUUGUGGCUGAAUUCAACCAAAUCCUUAAAAUAAAGUUCCACCAUUUAGUAUAAAGCCUUCUCAGAAGAGUGGAGGUUGUUGCUGCAGCAAAGGCGGAAUAAAGGUCCUAUUAAUUCUCUUGAUGUCGGAAGAAACAAUGAAGUGUCAGGUGUCUACAAAGCUAGGAUAAAGCCUAGUCCUUGACUGCACAGGAUUAUGAAUGAAGAUUCUCCAUUGAAAGGAGUCCAUGAUUCGGCUUAAUCCUUUUUGGGAAACCAUCCCACAGUGAAUGUCGCAGCAACAGAUUCAAAGCCAAAAGUACUGAAAGGCAUAAAUGUGUGGUUGUAACAUAUUUUAUUUAUGUACAGUUGAUGUACAUAUUUGACUCAAGUCUGCUGAGCACAUUACCCUUUUCAGUGUAGAACUUUUUUGUGUUAGGGAAAAAAAAAGGAUUAUUAUUGUCAGCAUGAGGUUGAAGAGUUGUAGCUGUAAAUGUCUUUGCUCCCGAUGAGAGCUGUUGAGGAUGACUGACUCAGUAUGUGCCUGCAGUAUGUUCUGAUGUGUUCCGUUGUGUCUCUUAUCAUGACGUUUGUGCAACUAUGUGUAAAUCCCUCUGUGACUACAUCUGUUUUCUUUAUAAAGAUUAAUACAAAAAAAAUGUUGUUCU